AUGGCCGCGUUGGGGGCUGAAGAAAAUGCCAGCCGUUUUGCUGCCCAUGCAAAUGCUGCCCGCAGUAAAAGUGACUCCGAAGAAUGGUUUGCUCAUAGACCCUUAAUGGCGUCAAACCCUUCCUAUUUUCGCCUUCGGAUUCGUCCAGAGGCGGUUGAAAUCACAGCCAAGAAUAGGCGUCCAGCUGGUAGUCUGGGUCGAAUGGCUGGAUUCGUCAAUGAUCCGGAUUCACCACGCACUGCAUCAUUUGGUAGGAAAUUACGUUCUGAAGAAGCCCAUGAGAUCUUGCAAAGAAUGACUCGACCCACGGAUGAUUGGUGUGAUUUCGAGGGAAAUUGCGCUGCUAUUUCGGCGGUACAAAGAGCUCCAAGGCUGGGUGCUAGUCUGGAGGCGAAGAUGAUAAUGGAGUCGCAGAUGCACAAGUGUGAUUGGUUCACACAUGGUGCAGAGCCAGUAGCCAUAAGGCCAAAGUCUAUACGUCCGUCGGCAGUACAAGCAGGGACUUUGAGUUGUGAUUGGUUUGCCCACAGUGCAGCCGACCAAUCCGAAGUAGAGGGCUGUAAAGAUCUUCUAAAGACUGCGCCACCCGAGAAUCCAAGCGUACCUCUGCAUCGCUGUCCAACAAAGGAAUCCCUAUAUUACUGUCGUCAGAAUAAGGGAAGCAAGUCAGUGCUCGAGUGUUUGAGAAUUUGCACAUUGAGUAAAGAGCCGAAGUACGACGUGUCUUCUUCCAAGAUGAAAAGUGAGGAUACGUCAGCGUGGAGUACUAACGGCACAUCCCGUAACUACGGUAAUGCCUUUUUACAAAACAUAGACAAAGCUGGCCUCCGUGGAGAAAUAAGAGAAGAAGUUUGA